AUGCCUUUAAUGUUUGUUGGACUGUGCGUGUUUCUUUUAAAAACAGAGAUACUUGCUAGCAAUGCAUUCAGGAAACAUGCAGCUACAUGCAUACAGAGAUGCCUGCGUGGAGAGGCGUGGGAGACGGUAGCGGCCCGCAUCAUCACCGUGUCCUCGGCCCAAGAGACCAUGAAGACCCUCGAAAUGCGCUUUGGAAGACCAGAUCUUAUAGUGCAGAAGAUUAUUGGAGAAAUAAAGAAAAUACCGAAGCUAAGUGGCUCUAGGACGGAGUUAGUGACGCUCGCGACUAAAGUUUCGAAUUGUUUAGCUGCAAUCACAGCGACCAACUGUUCAGAUUAUUUAUACAGCCCGGAUUUGGAUGUGCCGCUAGAGGAGUAUGAUGGCUAUCCGGAGAUUCUAAUUGGCCAGGAUUAUUUACAGCUGAUAUUGAUAAGAGAGAACCGAGAAGGACGAGCGAACGAGCCUGUUGCUUCGCGGACUAACCUAGGCUGGGUACUUCACGGAUUCGUAUCAUCUAGUUGUAAGGUAAACAAAGAAUUCACAAACCAUCUCCAUCACUCUGAAGCUGACGUCGAAUUACAUGACUUGGUUAAGGAUUAUUUUCGUGUCGAUAGCCUUGGUGUAAAACAUGAGGAGAAUGAUAAGUUUUCACCAGGUGAACAGCGAGCUAUGAGUAUUCUCGACGCGAAGACCAGGAAGAUCAGUGACAGAUGGGAGACCGGGCUGCUGUGGAGAUCGGAUGACGUCGCUCUGCCGGAGAAUAAAGGGAGCGCAGUGCAGCGACUGAAGGUGAUAGAGAGGAUGAUGGACGUUGACCCCGCUUUCUCGAUUGACUAUUCGAAGCAGGUGGAUAAUUUACUGGAAAAACAUUAUGCAGAAGAAGUCCAUGAAACUUUGGCCGGCCCGAGACUUUGGUACUUGCCACAUUUCGGAGUACGCAAUCCGUCUAAACCGGGAAAGCUUCGCCUAGUGCAUGAUGCGAGAGCAGAAACAAAAGGCAUUUCUCUGAAUACGGAGUUGCUAGCAGGCCCUGACCUUCUUAAUUCAUUAGUUGGUGUUUUGUUCCGUUUCCGAGAGAGGGCGGUAGCAGUUACGGGAGAUAUCAAAGAAAUGUUUAUGCGUGUCAAAAUAAACGAAGAGGAUCAGAAAUCGCAACUAUUUUUGUGGCGUGGGAUGAAUAGAGAUCAACCUCCCCGUACGUACAAAAUGACUUCGAUGAUUUUUGGCGCGAAAUCAUCCCCGUGUACUGCUACGUACAUUAUUAGAAAGAAUGCUGACCAAUAUGCUGAAUCUCAUCCGCGCGCCGUGAUAGCUAUUAAAAGAAGACACUAUGUAGAUGACUAUUGUGAUAGCGUGGACACAGUUGAAGAGAUGAAGCAACUAGUAGCCGACGUCACUGCGAUUCACCAUGCUGGUGGAUUCGAGAUAAGAGGCUUCGUAUCGAAUAAACCUGAAUGUCUUCCUGAGCCAACAGAGACGCCGUCGGUUAGCUUAUUGCAAACGGAGAGCUCUCAGCGCACCUUGGGAAUGAUAUGGAAGCCACAGAAAGAUGCUCUUGGGUUCGACCUGAGUUUCAAGAAGUUGGAAGCAGACAUUGUCGACGGAUCACAAAAACCCACUAAACGUCAAAUGCUUAAAGUCAUAAUCAACUUUGGCGAAGCGGCGUGA